AUGGUCGUCGACUUAGGAGGUUGCAACUUCAGCACCACAGACAGCUCUGUGUGCAGCUCCAGUCUCGGCGGGCUGAGCCGGACCGGCCACACGGUGGUGGCAGUAUGCCUCGGCUUCAUUUUGGUGUCGGGUAUCCUCAACAAUGGUCUCGCGCUUCUUGUCUUUGCAAAGUUUCGCUCCCUUUGGACGCCAAUCAAUUUGAUCAUGUUAAACAUCAGUCUAAGCGAUAUCCUCGUGUGCGUUUUCGGAACACCCUUCAGUUUCGCUGCGAGUGUGCACGGGAGAUGGCUCAUUGGAGAGUCCGGAUGCAAGUGGUACGGGUUCGCAAAUUCCCUGUUUGGAAUUGUGUCCCUGGUGUCCCUGUCUGUUCUCUCCUAUGAGCGCCACACCGCUGUGCUGCUUUCCUCCCAAGUUGACAUCUCAGACUUCAGGAAGUCCUGGCUCUGUGUGGGAGGCUCCUGGCUCUACUCUCUCCUCUGGACCCUGCCACCCUUUCUGGGUUGGAGCAGCUACGGGCCCGAGGGACCCGGUACCACAUGCUCUGUCCAGUGGCACCUCCGUUCACCCACCAGCAUCUCAUACGUGUUAUGUCUCUUUAUCUUCUGCCUGAUGCUGCCCCUUCUGGUGAUGAUCUACUCUUAUGGCAGAAUCCUGGUGUCAAUCAGGAGGGUGGGUAAGAUCAACCUGCUGGCAGCUCAUCGCAGAGAGCAGCACAUUUUGGUGAUGGUGUUAUCCAUGGUGUCCUGCUACAUGCUGUGCUGGAUGCCCUAUGGCAUCAUGGCCCUGGUUGCCACCUUUGGAAGGUCGGGACUGGUCACUCCUGUGGUCAGUGUGGUGCCCUCCGUCCUGGCCAAGUUCAGCACUGUCAUCAACCCCAUCAUCUACGUGUUCUUCAACAAACAGUUUCAUAGAUGCUUUGUGGCCUUCAUGAAGUGCAGCGGAGAACCCAUGUCUCUUCACGGAGAGGAGAACCCAACUGCGAGGACACCAUUAUCUGGUUUCUUCCCAGUCAACAGAGAAGCCUCCCUCAGCUCCUCCCAGCGCCAGAUCAUCAGCGGCUCUGGAAACGCUCCACUCUGCAGCCAGCACAAUGACCGACACACUCUGGUUGUUCACUAUACUCCAUAGAAGCGUAACAUCUUUUUCAUCUCAUAUACUGUGAAAAUGUAAAGAAAUGUUGGUUUCUUUUUCUGAAUUACUGUCCUGAAACCAUAGCAUCCAUAGCAUCCAUUGAUUUCACAUAGGAAUAUGAAAGUGACCGCCAACUCUUUAACAUUUAAAUGUAAUGUCAGUUUCAUGCAGCUGAGCUUUUGCUUUGUUUUAGGUGUAUUUGGAUCAUGUGCUGACCUUCAUGCAAUUGUCAAUGUGCACGUUUUGAAUGAUUGCUAGGAUAAUGAUUGCUGCAAGUUUGACCUGAACCUACCAUGGAUGAUAUCCCUGAGAACAUUCAGAAUAAAAAUAAAGACAAAUAAA